AUGACCACCAUCUCUAGCGACCUUGUGGAAAUCGCUGUCUCCGUUCUUGCUGAAGAUGAACAUUCAUUUAUCACCGGGUUCAGCCUUGUAUACGGCGAGAGUUCAUCAAACAUUAGUUUUGGCUAUGGAAUCCCCGAAAAGCAGAUCAAGAUUGGUCUUUGCGGCCAGACGUUGACAGGCUUCGAAGUCUUCGCUGGAGAAGGCGGCAUCCAGGCCAUACGUCCAAUAUUUGACCGAGGAUAUGGAAUAUGCCGUGGAAUGAUUGAUGGAGAGAUAAAAGCCUUUGCGGGGGAUUUCGAUUUUACUGACUCGCUUGUAGCAUUGUAG